UCAACAUCUGGCGUCCAUCCGAUCGACCCAGGUCCCCCACUCAUUCGUGCUUGUGAUCUGGCCGCUGUUAUCGACCUUAACUCUUUAGACGGUCGUCUAGUUGUCACUCCAUCAGAUCAGCUUUCUCUAGUUGAUAAAUUCCCAGCUUCCGUUAAUAUUUUUAAUUCUGCUAAUAAAACUCUCCUAGACAAGCAACCAGUUUCCAAUUCAUCUCAUAUAGCCUCUUGGUUGUAUUCAGAAAUUAUUAGCCAGUGCUGCGCCAGCGUGGUUCAAUCCCGCCUGCGUCUCACCAUCUGCCUCUUAGUAUUGCUUCGCUGGCAAGCUAGGCACUGCUUCAAUCAAUUUGUGGCAUCUCCUGAAAAUAGAUUUUCCCGUGUCAUCCAGACUAAUGUUGCCGAUUUUGAAGUUUUAAGCUCGCUAGGUUUGCCUGAUUUUCAAGAGCGUCAUUUACGUCUGCAGUCUACGCUGAUACAGACUAUUCAACGUCUGGUUGUCACUUCUUGGCUGGUGUCUAGUAGACCAGUUCCACAGAUGUCGAGCUCCAUAGAAUCAGAACUGUAA